UUUGAAAAAGGAAUACAACAUUAUUUGCUUGGGAUUUUUCUGGCUAAAGCAAGAGACGUAUUGAGCCUAGCGGACUCUUUGCAGAAGGCGCAAACGAUGAGAACUAGCUACUGCUUGUCAUUUCUAAUCUGGACUUGUAUGAUUCACGAAGUCCACACUUCACCGUCGCCGAAAAGGACUAACAUGUAUUUGCAAAGUGAACGGAUAAUGGGCUUGUCGAAGGACCACGGAAAAGCACUUCAUCGAACCAAGCGGGGAUGGAUGUGGAAUCAGUUUUUUUUACUGGAAGAAUACACAGGACCAGAUACUCAGUAUGUGGGCAAGCUACACACUGACCAAGAUAGAGGAGAUGGAAGUUUAAAAUACAUAUUAACAGGAGAGGGGGCUGGCAGUCUAUUCGUUAUAAAUGAACAUACGGGAGAUAUUCAUGCAGCAAAAAAGCUGGACAGAGAAGAAAAGUCCCUGUAUGUGCUACGUGCCAAGGCUAUAGACCGAAAGACUGGAAGACAAGUGGAGCCCGAAUCGGAAUUCAUCAUUAAAAUCCAUGAUAUCAAUGACAAUGAACCUAAAUUUACCAAGGAAAUUUACACGGCCAGUGUUCCCGAGAAGUCCAGCGUUGGUACUUCUGUUAUCCAAGUGACAGCUACAGAUGCUGAUGAUGCUAACUAUGGCAACAGUGCCAAAGUGGUUUACAGCAUCCUCCAGGGCCAGCCGUACUUUGCAGUGGAUCCAGAAACAGGCAUCAUCAAGACUGCUUUGCCCGAUAUGAGCCGAGAAAAUCGAGAGCAGUACCAAGUGGUCAUCCAGGCAAAAGACAUGGGAGGCCAGAUGGGCGGAUUAUCGGGAACCACAACGGUGAACAUCACGCUGACCGACGUCAAUGACAAUCCACCUCGAUUCCCCCAGAGCACAUAUCAGUUCAGCUCCCUGGAGUCUGCACCACUCGGAACUUCGCUUGGCAGGAUAAAAGCCAAUGACCCCGAUGUGGGUGAAAACGCUGAGAUUGAGUACAGCAUAGCUCCCGGCGAUGGAUCGGACGUCUUUGAUAUCAUCACUGACAAGGACACACAGGAAGGGAUUAUAACUGUCAAAAAGCAACUAGAUUUUGAAAAGAAGAAUCUAUAUGCCCUAAAAGUGGAGGCAACCAACGUUCAUCCUGACCCACGAUUUUUCUACCUGGGACCGUUUAAGGACUCAGCCUUGGUUAAAAUUUAUGUGGAAGAUAUCGACGAACCGCCAGUGUUUAGCAUAGCUUCUAAUUUACUAGAAGUAGAUGAAGAUGCCAGGGAAGGUAGUAUCAUCGGGCAAGUAGUAGCUCAGGAUCCGGAUGCAGCAAGGAACAUAAUAAAAUAUACUUUGGAUCGGCACACUGAUUUGGACAGAAUAUUCAACAUCCACUCAGGAAAUGGGUCCAUAUUUGUCUCAAAGACACUUGACCGAGAAGCAGCCCCAUGGCACAAUCUCACUGUCAUAGCAACUGAAAUCAGCAACCCCAAGCAAAGUACCCAGGCUCCCAUUUUCAUCCGGAUUUUAGAUAUAAAUGACCACGCACCAGAAUUUGCCAAGUACUAUGAAACUUUUGUUUGUGAAAAUGCAAAAGCAGGACAGCUCAUACAAACCAUUAGUGCUGUGGACAAGGACGAGCCCCCACGUGGACACAAAUUUUUUUUUGAGCUGGUGCCAGAAUACACAGUCCAUCCGAACUUCUCUAUCGUGGACAACAAAGAUAACACAGCGGGUGUUGUAACAAGAAGGAAUGGAUACAGCCGGAAUAAAAUGAGCACCUAUGUCCUGCCAGUGGUAAUAUUUGACAAUGACUACCCCAUCCAAAGCAGUACAGGUACACUGACUAUCCGGGUGUGCGCCUGUGACAGCCGGGGGAACAUGCAGUCUUGCAAUGCUGAAGCUUUGCUCCUUCCAGCGGGUCUUAGCACAGGAGCCCUCGUUGCCAUUCUGCUCUGCAUCGUGAUUCUCCUGGUUUUAGUCGUGCUGUUUGCCGCAAUGAAGCGGCAGAGGAAGAAAGAGCCCUUGAUCAUUUCCAAGGAUGAUGUCCGAGACAAUAUUGUGACCUAUAAUGAUGAAGGAGGUGGCGAAGAAGAUACUCAAGCCUUUGACAUUGGCACGCUGAGAAAUCCCGAAGCCAGAGAAGAAAGCAAAAUGAGGAGGGAUGUGAUGCCAGAAACUAUCUUCCAGAUAAGGAGAACUGUGCCACUGUGGGAGAACAUUAAUGUCCAAGAUUUUAUCCAUCGAAGGCUAAAGGAAAAUGAUUUGGAUCCAACGGCACCUCCUUACGAUUCUUUAGCAACAUAUGCGUAUGAAGGGAACGAUUCUAUAGCAAAUUCGCUUAGCUCUUUGGAAUCACUCACUACAGAUGGUGGCAACCAAGAUUACGAUUAUCUCAGUGACUGGGGACCUCGGUUUAAAAAGCUGGCAGAUAUGUAUGGCGGAGAUGAGAGUGACCAAGAUUGACAUGCCAAUCCAGGGACUCCAAGCGCAGAUGAAAGGUUCCAUGUGAUGAGACAGAUCUGCCCCAUCUUUCUCAGUGACAAUGGCUCUGUGCGUACAGCCCCAAUGAAUAUCU